UUUUAUUAUUUUAUUUUUAUUUUUGGCUGAAAACAGUCUUGUAUUUUCUCACAACAUCAAAAACAGUUUCCCUUCAUACAUGUAGCGUUCUUUAAAUUUGAUAAGGUGGGUCCCUUUCUAUUAUUACCAUGGGCCCACCAUUUUUCAUAUACAUAUAUAAAUAGUCAAUUCCCGUCUAUUCCCAAACUUCCCAGAACAAUGUCGUCGGAAUCCGGCACCGCAGGAAAACAGAGACUACAAGGCAAGGUCGUCAUAAUCACCGGCGGCGCCAGUGGAAUCGGCGAGUCCGUCGCUCGUCUCUUCGCCGAUCACGGAGCUCGGAUGGUCGUCAUCGUCGAUAUUCAAGACGAUUUAGGCAACAAAGUAGCCGAAUCUAUCGGCGUCCACAGGUGCACCUUCGUCCACUGCGAUGUAUCCGAUGAGACCCAAGUCAAAACCACCGUGGAAUCAACGGUCCAGAAAUUCGGUCAGCUCGACGUCAUGUUCAGCAACGCCGGGAUUCUAAGCAACUCCGAUCAGACCGUCCUCGACCUCGACUUUUCGGCGUUUGACCGUCUUUUCGCCAUCAACGUCCGUGGAAUGGCUCUGUGCGUGAAACACGCGGCGCGUGCCAUGGUUGAAGGGCGCGUGAGGGGGAGCAUAGUGUGCACUGGGAGCGUGGCGGCGAGCCACGGUGGAAGAAGACGCACCGAUUACGUGAUGUCGAAGCACGCCGUGCUGGGAUUGGUCCGUUCGGCGAGUUUGCAGCUUGGCGCGUACGCGAUCAGAGUGAACUGUGUAUCGCCCAAUGCACUGGCUACGCCGUUGACGUGUCGCUCGCUUGGAAUGGAGGUUGAGGAAGUACAGAAGCAUUACGAGUCGCUUGCGCAUUUAAAAGGUGUUACUCUGGAACCGAGACACGUGGCGAAUGUUGUGCUGUUUCUUGCUUGUGAUGAAUCGGAAUUCAUCACAGGCGUUGAUCUGGGAGUUGACGGAGGCUAUGCCCAUACAUGAUUAGCCGGCCAUUACACAAACUCCUCCUUUUUUUUUUUUUUUUUGGUUGAAUAAUUUACCCAAACUCCUUGUGGGUUUUAAAAAAAAAAAAAAAAUGUUAUGAUGAAAAAAACAAAAAAGGUCAAAAAAACCGUCCAAUGUGUAUUAUUUAAUAAUAAUGGCCUCACGUGAGAUUUCUUA